UGCGUUUUUGCGUAAACACAACUUGUACUUGCAAUUUAAAUCUUCUCGUGGAGGAACACUGUAAAUAGCAACAAAUUAUUCCAGAUGUUAAUCAUGGACGGUUUCGAAUUAAUAGCUCAAGGUGCUGAAGCUCGUGUAUACAAGGGUGUCUAUUUGGGAAAGCUAACGUUAAUAAAAGAACGAUUCGAAAAGAAAUAUAGACACGUAGAUUUAGAUACCCGGUUAACAAAAGAUCGAAUAAGGGCUGAAUGCCGCGCUAUGGUUCGCGCAAAAGCCGCUGGUGUUGUCACGCCAGCUGUAUACUUUGUACAAUUAGAACGUAGAUGCAUCUAUAUGGAGUACAUAGAAAAUGCGACAGUGUUAAAAGAUUUUAUAGAAAAUAGUAUUUCGAAAGGAGUAAACUCCGACCACUUGUCAAAAUUAAUAGCGCGAGGAGUGGGGAUGCUCGUUGCUAGAUUACAUUCUAAAAAUAUUAUUCACGGAGAUUUAACCACGUCGAAUAUACUUUUAAAGCAUGUCGGCGAGGAAUUAAAUAUGGAAAAAUACGACGGUACAAGUAACUUUGUCAUAAUAGAUUUUGGAUUAGCUCGCGUUGAGUCGAGCGUGGAAGAUAAAGCAGUUGACUUAUAUGUUCUUGAACGAUCACUGCUUAGCGCACAUUCGGAAAUACCGUCAUUAUUUUCAGAAAUAUUUAACAUUUAUCAGAAAUAUUAUACACACAAACAUCAAUGCAAGGAGGUCAUAUCUAAAUACAAGGAAGUACAAGCUCGAGGACGGAAGCGGUUAAUGAUCGGAUGA